UCCAGAUGCUGGUUAUGUCGUAAGAUAUGAUGUAUUUAAAAGCCAGGGCACUCCUUCCCUGCAACACAACUAACUGAUGCACAAUGAUCGGCACAAUUCUUCUCCUCCUCUUCGGGUCCGCUGUUGUCGAGUCGGCACUGGGUCCCUGGGCUGAGGGCAGUGCCUCCGGUGGAGAAUGCAUGUGUGAGGCUUUCCUUCCUAACAGCACAUUUCCGAUCGGAGAGCUCAUCUUGCUGGAGAGCACAGCAGUUGAGAUCAACUACAAACUGGAGAUGGAGAUUAGCAAGGUGGAGAUUUAUGAAGUUAAACUAGAAGUCUACAUAGCAAAGAUAAUGAACCUAACAGUGCUGAUCAAGCGAAUGGAGGAUGACCCAGACUCUUAUAGUGAGCUACAUAUAGAGGAGGUGAAAAUCAAGAUCAAGCAGGUGGAGGCUCUAAUUGUGGAGCUGCAGGCAUCUAUACAAACCACCACAACAGUGCUUCUAUCCAUACGUGAACAGAUCAGUGUUAUGAUCACCGUCCUGACUCGACUAGAGAUCACCUAUGAUAAGAACCUGGUUCUCGUGACACGUCGAGAAUAUAUCAUUCUUCAGCAGAAACUAGAGGAGUGCGAGAGACGCCACAAUGAAAUCUUUAACCCUGACAUUGGGAUCUGCAAUCAUAGCGGAAUAAGAAGAUUCAGCAAACCCAUUAUCAGCCAGCUGAAUGCAAAUCUGAACGCAGGUUUCAAGUAUGGAGGAUGGGGCAAAGACUCAAAUCCCCUGCCUGGUUCUGAAAACAUGUUCUGGUACUCUGCUUCUAGUGACACUCUGGUCAACACAAUCACACUGUACUCUGACUACUACAAACUGAUCAUGAGAGAGGGCUUCAAGACACAUGAGCUUUAUGUCAGAUAUAAUUACGAUUGGCAAGGCACAGGAAACAACUACAUUGUGCGUGAAAACACUCUGUACUAUCAGUUCAAGAGCCCUUUUGCGAUGGCAAAGUUCAACAUGACCAGUGUAAACGCUCAGUAUAAAGAGAUUCCCAGUGCCAGCACCCAGUUCUCAUACCAUUACUCUGCCAACCAGAACCUGGACUUUGCAGCUGAUGAGUCCGGCCUGUGGGUGACUUACGCCACGCAGGAAUCAAAGGGUAAACUGGUUUUAGGGAAAAUCAAUGAACAGUCAUUUGAAGUAGAGGAGGUUUGGCAGACAAGUAUUUUCAAGCCAUCUGUAGGAAACACUUUCAUGGUGUGUGGGGUUCUGUAUGCCACAAGGUCUGUAGACAGUAAAACCGAGGAGGUCUUUUACACAUUUGACACUCACACCGAACGGGAAAGCUAUGUCAGUAUUCCCUUUGAGAAGUUCCAGGAAUCCUAUGUUUACUUGGACUACAACCCCACCGAUCAGAAACUCUACAUGUUUAGCAAUGGUUAUUAUGUCAACUAUCAUGUUUAUUUCAACCAUAAGAAUUAGCAAGUGACCUGAGAAUUUGUAAUAUUUGAUGCAGCUGUCAAACACAUAAUAAUAAAUAAUAAUAAAUGUUCUGUAUUUCUUUUUGUGUAAUAAAGUCUAAUCAGCACUA